AUGGAGAAUCUCUUUUCGAUUGCAAAUCCCCUACCCAUCACGGACGUUCCUACCCUCUCUUUCCUCUAUCGCAAUAACCUGCUCAGUCCUUCAUUCAUGGAAGGAAUCCCCGUUCCGGACCAGGCCAUCAAUAACAAGAUCUGCACCAUUCAAGCAGACAUCACAACGCUGUCGGUCGACGUCAUUGUCACGGCGGCCAAUCCUGCCCUCCGUGGAGGAGGCGGGGUUGAUGGAGCGGUUCACCGUGCUGCCGGCCCUAGAUUGCUACAAGAAUGUGCUGCGCUUGGUGGAUGUCCAACAGGUUCUGCUAAAAUAACUGAUGCAUACAACCUUCCAUGCCAAAAGGUGAUCCAUGCGGUUGGACCCAUCUUCAGAAGCGAAUCGGCGUCUGAACCUCUUCUCCGUGCUGCGUACCACAGUGCCCUCAAUCUUGCUGUCCAACAUGGCUUGAAGACCAUUGCGUUUCCCGCCAUAUCCACUGGUGUCUACGGUUAUCCCAGCCGUGCCGCAGCUCGAGCUGCCAUCUCAGAGAUCUAUGCGUUCGUGAAGGAGCCAAAAGGAGUUCAACUGGACAAAAUCAUCUUCUGCAACUUCACGGAUAGUGACGUGGAUGCUUAUUCUCGUUAUCUGCCGUAA